AUGUCUGAUCAUAAUCGAUUUCAGCAGUCAUUCCCCCUUAAUAGUAAUAAAAAAGAAGCAACGAUUUCUACAGGUUCAUUUCCUAAUCCCAAUAACAAUUCGUUAAAAGAACCUAUAGCUUCAACCUUUUCGGUCAUCGAGGUUUCUUCGGAUAAUCAUGAAACUAAUUCUUCGAUGCCAAGGAACAAGAAACCUCGUUCUCGUAGAAAUAACUCUUCAUUGAAUCGUGUUAGCCGUACCAAUAAAGGUUCGUUUAAAAGCGAACCUUAUUCGAUUCCGUAUUCAACGAGGUCUCAAACUCGUCAACAAGGUCUUUCGACAGAAACCACAAGUCCCUCAAUGAUUAUGGACCCUAACGCGACAAACGAGAGUACUGGAACGAAUACAGAACCUGCAACACAACCGCAAAUUCUCUUGGCAGGACGAAAGAGACUGUGUGCUAAAUGUAAAGAUUCAGCAAAUAUUGUAAAGAUGAUUAAUUCUAAAAUGAGUAGAAUUGAAGAGUUGAUUAAAAACCUCAAGAAAGUUACCGGAGAAAUUAGUAAUGAAUUCAAGAACAACGGUCUUACUCAAACCAUAUCAUCAUCAUCGUUUGGAAACAUGGAUUUAUCAAAAAUGAGCAUUGACGAUAUACAAAAAUUUGUAACCUUUAUAACAAAUAAGUUCGUUACUACUCCUAACAAGUCAACAAAUUCCACCGAGGCAUCAAUUGAUUCUGAUAUCCUUGCGAAUAAGAAAUCUGAAAAUUAA